ACUAGUCUCUGAGAGGAGUGCAGGUUAGGGAGGGAGGGUCAGAGGUCGCCGGGCCAGAAUGCGUUCCUGUGUUGCUAUGUAGUGGAGGGACACGUUCCCUCCUGCAAAUUCUGGAAGGUUCUUGAGUUCACUUAGGAGAGUGGCUGCGGAAUUCCUGGUCUCCGGCCCGAGGCGCCCGCUGGCGGAGCAGAGGCGCCGAGGGCGCUGCCAUGUUUGGCUGCCUGGUGGCGGGGAGGCUGGUGCAAACAGCUGCACAGCAAGUGGCAGAGGACAAAUUUGUCUUUGACUUGCCCGAUUAUGAAAAUAUCAACCACGUUGUGGUUUUUAUGCUGGGAACAGUCCCAUUUCCUGAGGGGAUGGGAGGAUCUGUCUACUUUUCCUAUCCUGAUUCAAAUGGGGUGCCAGUAUGGCAGCUCCUGGGAUUUGUCACGAACGGGAAGCCAAGUGCCAUCUUCAAAAUAUCAGGUCUUAAAUCUGGAGAAGGAAGCCAGCACCCAUUUGGAGCCAUGAAUAUCGUACGGACCCCAUCUGUUGCUCAGAUUGGCAUUUCAGUGGAAUUGUUGGACAGUCUGGCUCAGCAGACUCCUGUGGGCAGUGCUGCUGUGUCCUCGGUUGACUCAUUCACGCAGUUCACGCAGAAGAUGUUGGACAACUUCUACAAUUUUGCUUCAUCGUUUGCUCUCUCUCAGGCCCAGAUGACACCAAAUCCAUCUGAAAUGUUCAUCCCGGCAAAUGUGGUUCUGAAAUGGUAUGAAAACUUUCAAAGACGACUAGCACAGAACCCUCUCUUUUGGAAAACAUAACUUGAAUAAAAUAAUUUGUCAUGUCAUUUAAAAGCACGAAGUCAAAGGGGUCAUGAAGCCUACCUUUCGAAAUUGCUUAGUGACUAUGAAACUACACAGAACCCUUAUGAACAUUAGACACUUUGAACAAGGAAAAUGUUCAGUAUUAGUACCUUUUCCCUAAUAAGUGUGAAAUACUCUCGGAGGCAAACAUUUUGUAUCGGCUGUCAUUCAUUUCUUAAAAUAAAUCCUUCUCACAGUAGUAGUAUUUGAAAUACCAUU